GUUAUCAGUAAGUUACACUCACCUGAUCUGACUUCUUUGAUUUGCUGCUGUAGAUAAGAAAAUGUGGGUAAAUAAAACUAACAGGUUAAGACUUUGGUAGUACGAAUAAACAUUGGUGCACGUGUGCAGUGAAAACAGUUUUGUUUAAGAGAAAACGCUGUUCCACUGAUUAAACUAUAUUUGUGUAUAGAUACAUUGGGCUCACUGAUCACAUCUUAAGUAUCAAUCUGAAUAUAUAAAGCAUCGAUUAGCAAGAUACAUUCAACUUUUUAGUUAGCUAUUAGAGCAGUUAUGUAGGGGUGUGUCUUUCUACAAAAGCCUUUUCAAACCAGUUCAGCCCAUAGACUGUAUGUCUACAGUUCAGCCCUCAUAGGAGGGGGAGAAUUUGGCUACUUUCAGUUGUACCAGCAGCCAAUAAGACAGCUAACACUUCUGGGAUCGUAUACAACACGCUGAACAAUAGAGGAUUUUCUUUCAACUUAUGGAAAAUAAUCCCCCAGACCCUGCUAAUGCUGUCAACUCCAGGUUCCUAUUUGAAUUUCAAUAAUGUCUGGCAUCAAAGGAAGAAAGUGCAAAGCUUUAAUACGAGGGCUAAUUCCCUGGAUUUUACUGCCCAACAUCAUGCUGCUGCUGUACUGCUUGACGAAUCCGAGCCAAGGGAAAAUGAGCAGCUCCCAAGAAGACACGUGUCCUCUCAGCAUGACAAGAUUAUUAAAGAAAAGUUCACCAAUGUCCUCUCAAAGUGCAGAAUCCCAGUCACAACAGUGCUCUCCCAAAGUAAACAUCAUGUUCAUGAAGACGCACAAAACUGCCAGCAGCACCAUCCUCAACAUUCUCUUCAGGUUUGGAGAAAAGCACAAGCUUAAGUUUGCAUUUCCUGAUGGACGCAACGACUUCUUCUACCCAUCGCCCUUCCUGUGCUCCCAGGUGAAGGACUACAGGCCUGGAGAGUGUUUCAACAUCGUCUGUAACCACAUGCGAUUUAACCAUCAGGAAGUAUCCAAGCUCCUGCCUCCGGAUGCCGUGUACGUCACCAUCCUACGAGACCCAGUGGAUCUCUUCGAGUCCUCCUUCCAUUACUACCACAGAGCAGUUCCCCUCACAUGGAGGAUUGGUGGAGAGAACAAACUGGACGAGUUUCUAAACAAUCCUCAGGCCUUCUACAGUCCAGAGGCUUAUAACUCAUUCUAUCUUAAAAAUCUGCUCUUUUUUGACUUUGGUUUGGAUAACAACCUUGAAGCUGAUGAUCCUCAUGUAAUGAGAGACAUUCAUAACUUAUCAAAACAUUUUCACCUAGUCCUCAUUGCAGAAUAUUUUGAGGAGUCUCUUAUUCUGCUGAAGGAUUUACUCUGUUGGAGCAUGGACGACAUCCUGUAUUUUAAGCUUAACGCUCGCAGAAGCUCGUCUGUGUCUCGGUUGAACCCUGAGAUGAGAGCCAAAGCUCUGCAGUGGAACGGAGCCGACUGGAGACUGUACCAGCAUUUUAAUGCUACCUUCUGGGCCAGAGUGGAGGCUUAUGGGAGAGAGAGAAUGAAGCAGGAGGUAAACCAGCUGAGGAGAAGAAAUGCUGAGAUGAAGGCCCUCUGUAUUGAAGGUGGAGAAGCUGUUGGAGCCCAGAAGAUUCAGGAUGGGCGUUUCCGGCCCUGGCAGCCGGUUGGAGAGAGUUCCAUCCUGGGUUACAACCUAAAAAAAGACACUGAUCCCAAAUUCAAGGCAAUUUGUGAGAAAAUGGUCACACCUGAAAUAGAAUACUUAUCAAACUUAGGUGUGAGCCUGUGGCUGACCAGGCUAUGGGGAUGGUUAAAAGAUACCAUUUACUGACGGCUUACUGCCUUAUUUAUGUUUUACUUUUAUUUAGAAAAUGUACUAUAGGGCAAUUUAUACUGGAACAUGUGUUCAUAUUACCUUCUUCUAACAGAUGCUUUCUUUUUUUAAAAAAAAGGUCUAAUGAUAAACUCCAAAUGUCAGACAUGAUUUAUCACCUGAACUGAGUUAUUCUUGAGCCUUCUUUCAGCUUUAAACACCCCAAUGAGAUAACUACAUAACCAAAAUUUCAUGUAUUACAGUCAUAAAAUGUUCAUCACUCACAGGAUUGCAGAUGUGACUCAGUUAAUUCACUCAGAUAGAGAGAGAGACACUUUACUAUGUGAUGUAAAAAAAAGCUGUGUUUACACUGUUAUUUUAUGGCUUUAGGCUUUACAUACGAACAGUAACACGCCUCCUUUUUGGUUUGUCUAAAUACUAAGAUUUGCUUCCUCAGUAAGAUUUCAGCAAUUCAGUAAUAUUGUGCAAGGCUCAUUUGUUCCUCCACUGCAAGCACCGAGGCUUCUGGCCAAAGUCGUAUGCAUGUUCCAGAGCACAUAGCAUCAAUUUUGAGAGCCCAGGUGCUUUUUGUUUUUGAUCCUACAGCAAUCACACCAGACUAGUAGACAUCAAUGAUAACAGGCCUUUUCAAUGAGACUGUCUAUUCAUUAGGGUAGGCAGUGACAGUGCGCCACCUAGAGGUCUGAGACUCAAGUGCUGUUUGUGUGCGAUGCAUUUGAAUCACUGCAGCCUCUCCUGACCCCAUCUCAACGGUUUACAUAAGACGUGAUAAACGUCGUUCACAGUAAUUAUAGCUCGACAUACGCAUGUGUAUAUUUUAUUUUCAGCCCAGAAGCAGUCAGAAGUGACUUACCUGAUUGUUUGGAUGGCUGAAAAGAUUCCUUGACAUUUUCGAAAAGAGAAGGUUCAGCUUAAAUCAGUAAUGUCAACUUGUAGUUACUUUAUGUGAGACCUUCUUGCAGGUGUAAAGAACCAUCAAGGCCAUUAAAUAACUAUUUAUAUUCAGUUCAACUGUUGAAAUAUGCAAGUCAUGUCUUCAGAAUCAAUCUGGAGUCAUGAUGCUCUUUCCCUGUGAACAUUUAUUACGUUGUAUAACUUUUGUCUGCAUGUGAAUCAUCCUCUGCUUUAAGCCGGGUGUUUUGUAGUAAGCCAAGUUAAGGGUUUAACUCAAAACUAACAGUCUGGAAGUCAUGUGUCUCAUGUAAGUGUGAUAGUGAUGUGAAUAUUAAUUAAUAUAGUAAUAGUAAUGGUCUUUUUGUUAUUUAUGUUGUUGUAUGUAAGCUGCUGAAUACUUGAAUUUCCCUCAGAUUUAAUAAAAUAUCUAUCUUUGUAUACAUUUAUCUAUCUAUCGAUCUAUUGCAGUUAUUUAUACUCAUUUGUUGUGUGUGUACUUUCCCAUAUUUUGUUAUAAUGUAGUAGAUGUGACAACAGUGGCCAGUUGGAAGUGCUCCUUCUAUGUUUAUGUGGCACUUUUAGUCUCAAAAUCAGCAUGGAGAUUUUUCUGGUUUUGUGUCCUUCCAUUCUGAGCUGUUUAAUAAAGUAGAAGUGCUUCUAAAUGCUGCUCUUGCAAAACAUGCUGAUACUUUGGAAGUGUGUGGUCAAGAAAAGUGUUUUUCAUGACGAUAGAAAUGUCUUAAAAUACUUUGCCUUUCAUUUAAAUGUCAGAAGAGAUCCUUUUGUCAAUGACAAACUGUAACUUCAUUUUCAACCCCUAUCAAGUUUACAAGUCCUAUUUGUUCUUUUUAUUUGUAGAAAUAUUCCAAGACUGUUAAUGGUUAACAAGUAAUAAAUGAGUUUCUAGUUCAGAACCUCUAUUAUACUGAAAUGAAAAAUUAAGCUGACCACGUCAAGUCAAAGUUAUUUGCUAAGCA